UACAAUGACUUCCCAGUAGAUAGUGUGCUGGCCGCGAGGUCCCUUGUGGAUGAAGUAUGAAGUGAUACCCAUCACGAUGACUGCACUGGCCCACUGCAUGAACCGGGUGGCCAGCUGUAGUGGACGGGCCACGGUACUGGAGAACAUGGCUGCGGUUGACUGGACUGAAAGUGUAUAGAGAUGGUAAUAAAGUGAAUUAGGAGGGCAACUGGUAGUUUAUUGGGCGAGGCGCAAAGAGAAGCUCAGUUCCACUGACAGACUGGUUGGUCCGGCUCUGAUGAAUGGAUGAUGAAGAGGGGAAGAGAAUGCCCAGGAGUGGGAGACCAGGACAAGGUUCUUUAUAUGUCGCCUGGCCGGCUUGAAUGGAUAGAACGGAAGGGUGCAUGGUGGACCGGAUCAAUGGGGCGUAUCUUUUACGUCAGAGGAUGUUGUAUUAUUAUUUUUUUUUUCUGGAGCUUGAGCCGAAAGUUUUUUGGCCCUGUGCAGUGGCCUGUCCAGGGAAAGCUGAGCGACGCCAACGGAAGGAGAGCCAGCUUUGGCGGGUUUUCUUGCGCUUUCCCCCAGAUGCGUCAUAAUUUCCUCUGCAUGAAUUGUGCAGGAAGACCACAUCAACAGAGGUAGUAUACUACUAAGGUAGGGGCCGGCAUCAUACUGUUCCUAG